AUAAAAAUCAAAUUGUUCUGAGUUGUUCUCUACUGCUACAAAAUUCUUUUCUGUCAUCUGUAACUCUCCACAAUCUAAAAAGUGUUUUAUACUUGUAUUCCAAAAGCAAAGAAUCAAGGGACAACCUUAUAAAAGUUAUUCUCAUACUCAAUCAUCAUUAACCAAUCAGAAAACAUGUUGCUAAGAAGCUCUUCAACACCUGUUCUUGGUAAUCUCAUAUCUUCCUUCACAGAUAAUACUCCUACUCAUAUUCAAAGUCUUCACCUUGAAACUUGUCAUGCACUCAAACCUCUACCACCACCAACCACUUCAAUACAACAUCAUCAUCAUCAUAACAAUCACAGACUCUCAUGCAGUUCUUCUCCAAUUUCACCCUCCAUUUCUGACCUUGAAAGACAAAACAAAGGGUUUAGAAGAGUUCAAUCUGAAGGAAACUUGGAAGACUUAGCCUAUGCUACUACUUUCAACAACAAUGAAGAGAGAUUAAGUUAUAUGGACUCUUCUUCUAAGAGGUAUUCAGCUAGACAACAAAGAGGUUUUGCACUUGAGACCAUUCCAUCUUUCUCUCUUUCUAAGCGAACCGGCUUGCGUGAAGAAGAGGAAGAUGUGGAAGAAAGUGAUAUUGAAGAUGAAGAAGGCUAUGAUGAGUUCAGUGUGAUGAAUAGAAUGAUGCAGAGUGAAGAAGUGGAUAGAGUUUGCAGGGUGAGUUUUGAUGAGGAGGGAGAGUUUGGUGAUAAUGAGAUGUAUCUUGCAAAGGGACUUGGUGUUGAUUUCUGUGGUGGUGAUGGCAUAGGUGGUGGCUGCAGAGGAGGAGGUAAUGGAGGUGGUGAUUAUAAUUCUAUGGAUUCUGAAAGGAAUGAUGGAGAUAAUAAUAAUCAUGGGGUGGAACAAUAUUACAAGAAAAUGGUUCAGCAAAAUCCAGGAAAUCCUUUGUUCUUGAGGAAUUAUGCUCAAUUUUUGUAUCAGUGCAAACAAGACCUUGAAGGAGCAGAGGAGUAUUACUCCAGAGCCAUACUAGCAGACCCAAAUGACGGCGAAGUUUUAUCACAGUAUGGGAAACUAGUUUGGGAGCUACAUCACGACGAAGAAAGAGCCUCCAGUUAUUUUGAACGAGCAGUACAGGCCUCUCCUGAAGACAGUCAUGUACAAGCAGCGUAUGCAAGUUUCCUUUGGGACACCGAGGAAGAAAAUGAUGCAGGUUACAAUGACUCACAAUGUCUACCUCAACAUUUUCAUUUGGGAGCUAUGGCUACUACAGGUGCUUAGAAGAGAUAUGAUGCAUUGAAUUGAUGAAGAAGUUAAUGUUGAGAGAAACGAGCACAUUCUAGUCUAAUAAUUGAAAUAACAAACUGAUGUGUAGCUUUGAGUUUCUUCUGCACAGUAUGUAAAUAAUUUAGAAAUGCUACAAGUUUGUAAGCAAACCGUUCGGUUUAAUCAAUUAAAUGUCGUGUUUGCAUCAA